AUGUUGAGCUAUUCGGUUCCGCAGUUCGAUUCCUUCGAGAUUCACGCUACUCUUUUCACAGACGUUCAAAACACAAAGCAGCUUCGGGAACAAGUUGCAGUUUUACCUUUUGCAAUGAUAGACGCAUCGACAAUCUUCAGUUUAGAACAACUGUCCUGUGCGGUAUACAAGGCUUUGAUUGAGUGUAAAUACAACCGGUUACGAACCAAGAAUCUGAACUCUGAAUGUAUUCUUUCGUUGUCGCCAACGUCAAACAUAGCAGAGGCCUUUAGACGAUUUGGCAUCAACGAAGAAACGAAGAAUAUUGUGUGCUUGGCUGUGGUGGAGAAAACAUCAGAAAAGCUGCCAGAAGGUUUCUUUAAAGACCAUGUCCAAGGCCGCGUGGUAGAACUUUCGGAUGCGAACUUGAAAACAACUGUGAAUUGGGAUACAAUCAAGAAAGUGAGUAGUAUAUCCGGCGAUGUGAUUAUGAGAUUUUAUGAAUGA